AUGUCCUCAAGCUUUGACAAUCCGACUGACUCGGAAGGGUACAAUGCCAGAUUAUUCAUGAACAAAUUAACAGGCGGUGCUAUCCACUUCGACAACGCAUGGCCUAUAGGACGAGUAUUGGCUCUUCAACCCACCAUCUCGACUUUUCAAGUUCCUCGUCGCCCUAACAUGACGGCAAAGUUGCUGACCAGUAGGGAAGUGACGAUCGAAUUGCCCAAAACCACGUAUGAAGGGACGGUCCAUUGGCGCGAUCAACACAUUCCAGUGAAAGGACAGAUAAGCUGUGAUUUGAGUAACGUCGAACUCAUGAACAAAAAUGAGAUUGAUUUCUCUACGACGGAGCGAUCGCGAGGGUAUAUCAGAGUCAAAUGGGAUGAGAAGACUCAAGAGACGACCGUCCAGCGCAAGUUGAUGUCGAUUGAUCAAGGUGUAUUAUGGAAUUACAAGGAAGGUGUAGAUGGUAGAUUCCAAAGUGUAAAUGAAGAUAAUGGUAAUGAAGAAGGAGCGAGGUUGAUUUCGGAAUUGAAUUUGGAGUUGCUCAAUGGCAUUUCGGAGAGAAGAGCGAGAACUCAACCGACGGUCAGUAUCACUGGGGAAAGUGUGCAGGAUGUGCGUAACAGUGUUGAGGAGAAGAAAUUGUCAACUCUGGAUAAGAUACUUUCGUAUAUCCCCUGCCAUCCCACGAGUACAAGCGAUCGAUUGGGUCGAUCCAUCGGUCGACUCCGCCGUGCACCAUAUAAGAGCGAACGUAGAGUAAGUUACAUAUAA